CUCCCCGGUGUAUCCCCAGCCACCCGCCUAUACAUAGAUAGGUACAGUAGUUACCUACCUGCACACAUUCCCCAGCUUGGAACCCUUUUUUUCUACCACCUUCAUCCAUUUUUGAAAGAGACACUUCAUCAUUCCACUCGCUCCCUCUCUCCCUGUGCUCAGAUUUCAACAUGUCACUUCCUUGGAAACGCCUGAUCCGCUUCCGCGCUGGCGACGGCCGCAUUCUGCGCGGCGAGCCCAUCCUUCCCGCCGAGCGCCAAAUCGACCUGGGACAAAUCACCGAAGCCGAUCAGCUGCAAGCCCGGGUCCUCGAGGGCCAGGACAUCUACGAUACCACGGGGGCGACCAAGGUGACGGACGAGAUCGUCACGGUCCAAAAGAUCCUCUCGCCGCUGGCCCCCAGCGACGUCCCGAUUCUCCGGUGCGUGGGCCUCAACUACGCCAAGCACAUCAAAGAAGCAGGACGCAAGCCCCCACCCUUCCCCUUCAUCUUCUUCAAGCCGAACACGUGUGUACACGACCACGGCGAGCCGGUCGUGAUCCCGCCUAUCGCGCAGAAUGACCAAGCAGACUACGAGGGCGAGCUGUGUCUAAUCAUCGGCAAAGACGCAAAGAACGUGCCUCGCGAGCGCGCUCUUGAGUAUGUCGCCGCAUACACCGCAGGGAACGACAUCUCGUCGCGGAAGCUGCAGCGCGAUCCGGCGUACGCUGGCGUCGUGCCGCAGUGGGGAUUCUCGAAGGGGUUCGACACGUUUGCGCCGCUGGGCCCGGUGCUGGUCGCGGCGUCGGAGAUCCCCGACCCGGCGCGGCUGCAUCUGAAGACGAUUGUCGAUGGGGAGGUGCGCCAGGAGGAGACUGUCGGCGAUUUACUCUUUGACUGCGCGUACUUGGUCUCGUAUCUGUCGCAGGGCACGACGCUGCAGAAGGGCAGCGUGAUUAUGACGGGGACGCCGGGUGGUGUGGGCGCCGGGCUCAAUCCGCCGAAGUGGCUGGUGCCGGGGACGCAGAUGGAGGUGCAGAUUUCGCAGAUUGGGACUUUGCGGAAUACCGUUGUUUUCGAAUAG